GUUCGGAUUUCAACUGUGCCGCUACGUUGCGAUGUGUGUAUGUGAACAGUUCAGUUGACGUGUGUUUACCUGAUGGAAAUAAACUAAAAUCCACCUUUGUGUAAUAAAUUGGGUCCAUUUCCUGAGGUAAAAGUGUAAGUCUUAUUUGUAUGUCUCACGCCACCAAUAAUAUUAAAAAUUGGUUUCAAAUGUCUGCAUAAAGACGACAUUCUGAUGCAGUGACUUGUAUAAGGGUGUUUCUAACAACUAAUUGACCAAGUUAAUUGCCAUUAAAAUUUUAUUUUUUGGUUAAUUUUUUUUAUCUUUGUUUUCAGAACUGCAUUUUCCUAGUUAUUUUUCAUGAUGACAAACCCGUCUGAGUUAGGCGAGAAAUUGAACGAAGCUUGCAGCGUUGGAGUUCUUGAAGAAGUUGUAAAUCUAGUAAAUCUUGGUGCCAAUAUCAAUCACCAGAAUAAGGUUAAUGGUAUGACACCACUUCAUUGGGCAUACACGAGAAAACAUCAGUCUAUUAUUGACUAUUUGUUAUUCAAAGGUGCUGAUCCGGAUGUUAAAAGAAAUGACGGAAAAAAGCCUCAUGAAAUGCAUGAAACAUUACAGAGUACAUUCGUUCCAAAUUAUUUAAAAUACCCCUCAUUCCCCUACAUCAAGACCAGUGAAAGUUAUCAACCUGUGAAAGCUGAUUUUCCCACUGAAACUAUUAUAAAAGUUAGAUUAGCACAGUCGGAGGAAGAAGAUUUCUAUGAAUUUGAAGCUCCUACCAAAACAUGCGAUUAUCCUUAUUUUCUUCAAAUAAUUUCUAAGGAAUUAAAUAUCAGGCCUGAAGAAAUUAAAAAAGUUCGUAAAUUGCCUAACACAAUUGUUCGUUGUGAAGCAGAUUUGCGAAGAUUAUCCGAUGGAACUGAACUUGAGGUUGUUACAGGCUAAUCAAGUAAAAUGAUAAGAUGUACUUGUUCGAAAAUAUAACUUGAAAUCAUGAUUAUUUGAUAUAUAUAUAUAUAUAUAUAUAUAUAUAUUUCCCUUUCAAAAUACAUCUUAUUGUGAUUGUAAAUUUGAAGGCGUAUUGUUGAUUUUGUAAUAUUACUCUUAAUAACUUGCUUAUCUUGACUCCUGCUGCAUUUAUUUCUGUUACAUUGAGACUUAAUAAAAUAUUGCAAAUUCGUGUUAAGAAUAAUGUAUUUUGUUCAAUUUAACUGAUGUAGAGUAAUAAAGCAGGUUAUGUGUUUCUUAAUAUGCAUACGUAGACUUUUGAAAAGAUUGAUUUUAACCCUAUCCCUGCAAGUACGAUGUGUGCUUCGCACCGCCCGAAUUCUGGCAGGAACCUAUGUCCGACUUACUAUCUAAGCAAGACCGUUUCAAUCAGUCGAAAGAUUGGUGUGUGUGUGUCUAUGUGGUUAUGUGAGUGUUUUAAGUAAAGUGAAGUGCUGUAGGUAACACUAGAGCAUAAAUCAUCGAAGAUUGAAUGACCUGGUUCCGAAAACUGUUCUCAAAUGGAUUAUUCUGUUGUCCCGCACUAAUCUUGCAUUGACCAUAAUGUCCAAUUACACGUUUCUGUAGAACUCACAACCUCAAACGUAACUAGAUCUAUGGGAGCAUUGUAAAUAAUAGAUGAAAAUGUAAGGGGUAUUUUAUCCCUCACA